AUGUCGCAAGCCGCAAUGGCUAUCGAGAAAUGCACCUCCCAUUGGGACGACUUCCUCGCCAAUUAUUGCGAUAUCGAAUUCGUCUGGCUACAAUUCAUGUCCUAUCGCAGUUUGGUCUACACGCGCAUGUUCCCUGUGAACAAAUUCAAAGCCAUGGUACAGAGAGGCAGAUUUAUCACCAUCCCCAAAGUCGUACUCCUCCUGGGUCCCGGUGAUGUUAUCGCCGAAGGAGGUCUGCCAUCGGGUAAAUUCUGGUUGCGGCCGGAUUUUGAGACCGCAUAUUGCCAACCCGGAUCCAAUGGAACUCGAGCAGUCAUGAUGUGCGACUUUGUAGACGAUGAGGGCGCGCCGAUCGGGGAGUGCGCCAGGUCGCGGCUGAGAGCGCUGGAGGAGACACUGCUGAGCGAGCUGGGGUUCUCGACAUUGGUCGGAUUUGAAAUCGAGGUGAUGUUCAUGCGAGGCGAGAAGAGCGAUGGGGGGAUGCGGUUCUCCAUGGCCAAUUACGAGCAUUCGUGGUCCAGCAUGACGGCCGAGGACGAGUCGAUGCUGGAGAUGAUGGAGACCAUUGCGCGGACGCUGGCUACGGUGGAUGUUCCCCUGGAGCAGUUCCAUGCGGAGGCAGCACCAGGUCAAUGGGAGUUUGUCCUGCCUCCUGCGAGGCCUAUCCAGGCCGCUGAUAUGCUGAUCAGGGCUCGGGAGAUCAUCACACGAGUUGCAACCUCGUUCGGAUAUCAUGCUACGGUGUAUUCGCGCCCAUCACCCGUCCAUCCGGGUAAUGGGGGCCAUGUACAUUUGUCAGUAAGUUCUGUGGGGAAAUCAGCGAAUUGGGUCCAGAAGGCAGAAUCCUUCUUCGCAGGUAUCAUGAAUCAUAUGCCCGCCGUUAUGGCGUUCUCCUUGCCUCAAGACAUCAGCUACAGUCGUGUCGCAGCUGGGCUUUGGAGUGGGGGCGAAUACGCGUGCUGGGGGUGGGAGAACAAAGAGGCUCCACUUCGUCGCAUCGAAGAGAAUCAUUUCGAGUUCAAGCUGGCUGACGGGCUUGCAAACCCUUAUCUCACUUUGUCCGCAAUGAUCGCUGCUGGAAUCGAAGGGAUGCGAAACCACGAGCCUCUGCAGGGAGGUGACUGCGUGACCUCUGCAUCAGAGCUGUCGCCGGACGAGCGGCAAGCCCUGGGGAUCAACACGAUCCUACCAAAAUCACUCGACGAGAGCUUGAAGGCCUUGGAGAAGGACGAUGCCGUAGGCAAACUGUGUGGCCCAGACAUCAUCACCACAUAUGUGCUAGUCAAGCGGACGGAGGCAAAGAUACUGCGCCAAAUGGCUGUUGACGAUCGAAAGAACUGGCUGAUCGCGAGUAUGGAUGUCUUUGAGAAUUUUUCUUCAGAGGGCUACAACAGCUUUCCCGUCGCCGAGUCUCUGCGGUCCUUUCCAUCAACGGUGGCCCUGGACGACCAUGGCCUCCUGGUCAGCGAGUCGAGAGCACCUAGUCGUCAAGAGCAAUACUCUGACGAGCAGUCUCGAGCCGAUGAGCUUCUCUUCGGCUUUCCUCAACCCCCAAGGAGCUCGCAUAGCAUGGGCAAGAAUUUCAAGGACGGAGGCAGUCCUCUCACGCCUAAGCCAUCCAUCAAGGCCUUGCGCCGAAAAUAUAUGAUUCACGAACUGCCCCUGUUGCAAGCAGUGAAUCCAUACGAUGGAUCGGAUCAGUUCAACCCGGUCAACGAACAGGGCGUCUCCUACGACCUGAUCGCCCCAUAUGAGGGAGAGACGACGCCAUUGCACAGCCUGGAGCGACUCGGUGACCUUAUGUUCUCCUCGGAGCACAUGCUCUCCAUCCUGAACAACCCACGGUAUCUAGCGCGUUUUCGCGAGUUUCUGGUGGAAGAACGACCGCAGUCUCUCCCUGCCCUGACGUAUUACUUGAAUGCGCUCAAGGCUCUAAAAGCAAUCAACUAUGCCAACUCCCUCGUCCGUGUGUCGAUCGAUGUCCCCACGCCGGGGAUCAGGACCGCUGAUUCCCCCAUUGGACCGACCAUGGAUUCUGCGCUGGAGAAGCGCGUCGACGAGGCGCUUAUGGCUCUGACAGCGGAGGAGUUGCCCGCCUUCAUCACAUUCAACUGUAUCAGAAUCACCAGCAAGGUGGUCGAGAAGCGGAUUCGAGGGACGCUCCCGAAGGGGUUCCGGGGGACGGCCGACGCUCUGGCAGAGGUGUUUUGCUUGACGGAUCCAUCGCGCCCGGACAAUCCUAUUAUUUUCGCAUCGGAGGAAUUUCACCGUUCAACUCAGUAUGGCAUGGACUAUGUGCUCGGGCGGAAUUGUCGCUUUCUGCAAGGGCCAAAGACAAACCCUAAUAGUGUUCGUCGGCUUCGUGAGGCGAUUGCGGCUGGACGGCAUCAUUCCGAACUGUUUUUGAACUACCGACGCGACGGCUCUCCCUUCAUGAAUUUGCUGCAAUGCGCCCCCCUUUGCGACAGCAAGGGCACGAUCCGCUACUUCAUCGGCGCUCAGGUUGAUGUCUCCGGCCUGGCAAUGGACGGCGCUCAGAUGGAAUCCCUGCAGAAAUUGCAAGAGCAACAACACAAACGCGAGCAAGCCGAUGAAGAUGGCGAGGGUACCUCGUCUGCAUCCGAGUAUUCUGCAAAAUCGAAGAGCAAAUUCCAAGAGAUGGCCGAAUUGUUCAGUCCGCGGGAGCUGGUGAAUGUGCAAGAAUAUGGAGGUAACUUGUUCAACCCGGUAAACAACACAAGAAACAGCACACGCAGUCCGAGACCCUGGACUGCAAUGGACAAUUCCUCUUCCGAAAGUGAAGUGGAAACUGCAAUGCGAGAGCGGGCCACCAACUCGUCCUUGGUCAGAGGUUCCUUGACUGGAGUGUACGAAAAUUACCUCCUCGUCCGGCCAUAUCCUUCUCUUAGGAUACUGUUUACCUCUCCCUCGCUUCAGAUUCCCGGAAUUCUUCAAACUUCCUUCUUCUCACGGAUCGGCAGCUCCUCGGUUGUCAAGGACCAGCUGCUGGAGGCAAUGAUGUCUGGACGCAGCGUGACGGCGCGGAUUAUGUGGAUAACGCGGUAUAAUACAGAAGGACGCUCUCGAUGGGUGCAUUGUACGCCGCUUCUUGCCAGCAAUGGCAAGGUGGGCGUGUGGAUGGUGGUAGUCGUGGAUGACGACGAAGACAGCGAGAUCAAGUGGCGAGGGAACUGGCCAACAACUGUGUAG